CACGUUUGUUAGUGGCGCUCCACCCUCCUAAUAUUUUUUUUAAUGUUUCCCAUCUUGCCCUUUUAUUAACAAUUAAUCAGCCACCCACCCAUCAAAAGUAGCUUUCCAUAUUCCAACCACCGUACCUAUUCCAAUUUGCACCCAUUUCAAUUAUUCCUCUGCACCAACUCACUCGAUCUUUCUACUUGAGGAAGCAAGCACAUCCCAAAUUCGUAGUUCAGGUAUUUUUAAAGAUGGAUGUUCAACCUGAGUUGGAUGAUCAAUCUGAGUUGGAGAACAUACUAAACCUUGUGAAAAAGAAGAGCGUAGAAGAAAUAUGUCAAGAAUUCAUGGAAGGGGAGGUGGAACACAUCGUUCAAGAGUUCCUGCCGAUAAAAGAAAAAGAUUUACUGCGUAGCCUUCUCCUCGAAGAAAGCUGUGGCAGAGGAAGAUCUGAGAUGGGAGAGGAAGAUCGUCGAGCGGCAGAGGAAGAUCGGCGAUGGGAGAGGGAGAUCGUCGCACCGGCUCUAGCGUCGUCCGGGAUCUUCGAUGGGAGAGGAAGCAGCGGCAUCCGGCAUAUGCAAAGCCGGAGAAUACGAGAAGGGCAGAGUAGGGAACGAAAAUUAAUUACCUCAGUAGUUCGCCAAAUUGGCAGUCACGAAAAAAACACUGUUCAGAGCGACUCCCCUGAUUCAAGUUUCUGCCGAGAAAUCAAAGAGAAGAGAGCAACCAGAAGGAAGAAGAAAGAGAUGAAAGUUUUCGUGAAGACUCUCAAAGGAUCCCACUUCGAAAUCGAAGUGAAACCAGAAGAUACUAUUGCUGAUGUCAAGAAGAACAUAGAGACUGUUCAAGGAUCAGAUGUUUAUCCUGCUGCCAAACUGAUGCUUAUCCACCAGGGAAAAGUGCUUAAAGAUGGAACUACUCUGGAGGAGAAUAAAGUUGCUGAAAACAGUUUCGUUGUCGUCAUGAUGUCAAAGAGUAAGACUUCGUCUGGAGAAGGUUCAGCAUCAGCUACAACAACCAGGGAAACACAACCUAGCAACCCACCUGCUAGCUCAACUCCAGCUCCUACAACAGUAGCGCCAACUCAUGCUCCUGCAGCGACUCCCUCUCCUGCACCUGUGGCAACUACUGGAUCAGGAGAUGUUUAUGGUCAGGCAGCUUCUAGUUUGGUCGCAGGCAGCACCCUUGAUGUAGCAAUCCAACAGAUUCUUGACAUGGGCGGGGGAACCUGGGAAAGGGACACUGUUGUUCGGGCCCUGCGUGCUGCUUAUAACAACCCUGAGAGGGCUGUUGAAUAUUUAUAUUCUGGUAUUCCCGAGACAGCUGAAGUCCCUCCUUCUGGAGGUGGUAACGCACCGCUUGCAGAGCCAGCUGCAAACCAGCCUGCUCAACCUCAGCCAGCAACACAGCCUGUGAUUGCUCCCUCAAGUGGACCAAAUGCAAAUCCUCUAGAUUUAUUUCCACAGGGUUUUCCAGGCAUGGGCGCCAAUGCAGGAGGUGCACAGUCCUUGGAUUUUUUACGAAAUAGCCAGCAGUUUCAAGCUUUGAGAACAAUGGUUCAAGCCAAUCCACAAAUCUUGCAGCCCAUGCUUCAGGAGCUUGGAAAACAGAAUCCUCAAUUAAUGAGGCUUAUACAGGAGCACCAGGCAGAUUUUCUUCGCAUCCUCAAUGAACCAGCUGAAGGAGGAGAAGGCAAUGUACUUGGGCAGCUUGCAGCUGCAAUGCCUCAGCCUAUACAAGUAACACCUGAAGAGCGCGAAGCAAUAGAACGUCUUGAAGGGAUGGGGUUUGAUCGGGCGCUUGUGCUGCAAGUGUUCUUCGCGUGCAACAAGAACGAAGAGUUGGCCGCGAACUAUCUGUUAGAUCACAUGCAUGAGUUUGAGUGAUUAUUAUUAUGGGGAAAUGGGGAGUUUUUACAGCUAUAUAAUAAUUCUCUUCUAUCUUCUUCUGUGAACUGUGACUACAAGGGAUUUCAUGUUCUUGGUGUCUUUUGUGUGUCUAAUUACAACUGU